AUGUCUCGCACAGAGGAGGUCAACAAGAUGACAGAAAAUGUCUAUAAGGGGAUUCUGGACCAGUUCAAUCCCAGUCUGAAGAACUUCGUGGCCAUGGGGAAAAACUACGAGAAAGCCCUGACAGGGGUGACGGUUGCUGCCAAGGGCUACUUCGAUGCACUGGUGAAGCUGGGAGAACUGGCAAGCGACAGCCAGGGCUCCAAAGAACUGGGAGACACGCUGUUUCAGAUGGCUGAGGUCCACAGACAGAUUCAAGUGCAGCUGGAGGACGUGUUAAAGCUGUUUCAUUCAGAGCUGCUCGCCCAGCUGGAGCAGAAACUGGAGCUGGACAUCAAAUAUCUCACCGCCACACUGAAGAAGUACCAGAGUGAGCGCAAGUCUAAGUCCGAGUCUAUCGAGCGCUGCCAGUCCCAGCUGAAGAAACUUCGCAGGAAGAGUCAAGGCAGCCGCCACCCCAACAAGUAUGGAGACAGGGAGAUGCAGUUUGUGGAACUGAUGAGUCGUCGACAAGGUGAGCUGGACACGCUCGUGGCGGUGGGUUACAGGUCUGCACUGACUGAGGAGAGGAGGAGAUACUGCUUCCUGGUUGACAGACAGUGUUCUGUCACCAAGCUGCUCAUCAAUUACCACUGCAAGGUGAGAGAGCUUUUGUCCCAGAAACUGUCAUCGUGGCAACAGUCCUGUUCUCAGCCAACUAAGCUCCCAGAACGGGCCCUUAACCUGUUGCGCCACACGGCUCCUCAAGGCUCCGGGGCCUCAGGGAUCGCUGAGGUCCUCCGCCACACCAAGUUAGGCACCUCCCAGCCAGAGCAGAGGCUCUCUGUCCAGGAAGUCCCUCCUCUGUUGAACGGAGACUCCAGUCGCUCCCAGCAGCAGCGGCAAGUCCCCUCAUCCUCGCAGAACGACAACCCCCCGCCCCAGGGCUCCCCACAGACUUUUCGCUCCCAAAUUGCCACCUCAGGGGCCAGUGGCGGCACGUUGGGAGGAGACACCCCCCAGCACACCAGCGCAUCUCUGAGCACCUCAAGCAGCCCCCUGGCUGAGGGCAGCAGCAGUGCCAGCCCGGGUGCAUCUACCCCGACCACCUCCAGUGGUUCAACUCAGCAGAGCCCCCUCCUUCAGGCCACCGGCACCUCCAACCUUUCUCCCAGCCUCAUCCCCUCCACUGUGCUGUCCCUCAGCCAGGCCUCCACUGUGCACAGCUCCACCCUGGCCAUGACCCUCCCCAUCUCCCACAGUGCUCCGCACAGUCCCCCGCUGCCCCACAGCGCGCCCCUGUCCAGGGCCUUGACCCCAGUGCAGUUGCUGCACCAACAGGUGGGGCCCGGCGGGAGCAGUGCCUCCUCACUGUCCCACAAUCCUUUGAUGAUGAGGGCUGCGGACAUAUCUGCAACGGCAACGCUGCCACUGCCUAGGAGACCUGUCAGUGAAAUGCGGAUGGGUGGUUUCCAUGGUUCAAGUCUCCCUAGAAUGUUGCCCCUAUCGGGACCCUCUCGUGUAGAAGCCGUCUUCGCCCACACUCCCGGACGGUCAGAGGCAAGUUUAGGGGGCGGAGCCUGCUUACUUCACUUCCUGCCUGGUGAUGGCAUUACCCUGCUCAUCUCCGAGCCCAGAGACGGGUGGCACUACGGUCAGAAUGAACGGACCGGGCGGAAAGGCUGGUUCCCUUUCUCCUACACUCAGGCACAGCCCAACAACAUGGACAACGCUGACAGCAGUUGCCUCCUGUUAUCUAAGGUCAACAGCACCAGCACUGGCCAACUGGACAAGCUGGUGUCUCCGGGUCUGCCGGCCCUGACUCUGGAGUCGGAUGAGGAGCGCUCUGUUCCUCCCCAGAGGGUCAGCACCUUCCGCCCGCGCCCGUACAGCAUGGCCGACAGCAACAAGUUCAGCCUGAGGCCUAUUGGAAAAGGUCAUGAGUUCGAGUGGAUGGGGCCUCCCAGCCGGCCCUCUCUGUCAGUGCUCAUGCAAGAGAUCUCCUCAGAUUCAGCCUCACCGCCACCCUCCCCAACCAGGACCAAUCCAUUCGCUCACAUCCGGCUCCGAAAAACUGUCACCAAUGACCGCUCUGCUCCCAUCAUUGAGUGA